UUGCCUCCUUGUUUUCUAGGUUUUUAUAUUCAGACCCAGUUCAGAUAGGCCCCGAAACAGUGAUGACUACCCUGUACACAGCCAAGAAAUACGCUGUCCCAGCUCUGGAAGCUCACUGUGUGGAAUUUCUCACAAAGCACCUUCGGGCAGAUAAUGCUUUUAUGUUGCUCACUCAGGCUCGUUUGUUUGAUGAACCACAACUAGCUAGUCUUUGUCUAGACACAAUAGACAAAAGUACGAUGGAUGCCAUCAGUGCAGAAGGCUUCACCGAUAUUGAUAUAGACACGCUAUGUGCUGUGUUGGAAAGAGAUACUCUAAGUAUUCGGGAGAGCCGGCUGUUUGGAGCUGUUGUUCGCUGGGCCGAAGCCGAAUGUCAGAGGCAGCAGUUACCAGUCACCUCUGUAAAUAAGCAGAAAGUACUUGGCAAAGCUCUGUCCUUAAUCCGCUUUCCGCUGAUGACAAUUGAGGAGUUUGCAGCAGGUCCUGCUCAGUCUGGAAUUUUGUCAGAUCGGGAAGUAGUAAACCUCUUUCUGCAUUUUACAGUCAACCCUAAGCCUAGAGUUGACUAUAUUGACCGGCCAAGAUGCUGUCUUAGAGGGAAGGAGUGCUGCAUCAAUCGGUUCCAGCAAGUGGAGAGCCGCUGGGGUUACAGUGGAACAAGUGACCGGAUCAGAUUCACAGUCAAUAGAAGGAUUUCAAUUGUGGGAUUUGGAUUAUACGGAUCUAUUCAUGGUCCCACUGAUUACCAAGUGAAUAUACAGAUAAUUGAAUAUGAGAAAAACCAGACGCUAGGACAGAAUGACACUGGAUUUAGCUGCGAUGGAACUGCAAAUACUUUCAGAGUUAUGUUCAAAGAACCAAUAGAGAUCCUGCCAACCGUGUGCUACACAGCAUGUGCAACCUUGAAGGGUCCAGAUUCUCAUUAUGGCACCAAAGGACUGAAGAAAGUAAUCCAUGAAUCUCCUACAUCAAGCAAAACAUGCUUUUUCUUUUUUAGUUCCCCGGGCAACAACAACGGCACAUCGAUAGAAGAUGGACAGAUACCAGAAAUAAUAUUUUAUACGUAACUUUGAGUAACCAAGGUGGAGGAAGACCUUUUGAUAAGAAAGAACUUACAGGAGAUGUGAAAUACUGUGAAACUUUGUAAAUAAUCACAAAUGUGUUGUGAAACUGAAGUAAUAUACAUGGGAGGUACUAAAAACAAGUAUUCACUACUUCCAGCAGCAGUAUGCGGCCAAAUCGUUCUUGAACUAAAAGCUUCUUACUUGUAUAUAAUAGAUAACUUCACCACUUUAAGUGUUCCACCUAUAACCGGAGAGUGAGCAGAGUAUUUGUAUUUUCCCCACCCUCGAGAUCCCCUUCUUGCAGGAUGCAGAUGGCUUUGUUCUUGUACGGUGCAGUGAAAUGGAACUGGCGUUCUUAAAAACUAAAGGCAUUAUGGGGAAAAAAACAGAACUAAGAAUGACACAAAUUGCAUCUGUAAUUGCACUCAGUAUGGUGUACAUACUGAUAAUCUUUUUUGUUGUGUACUGUUAACAGUGUUACUCAGAAGAAGUUGUAUGAACUUAUUCUUAAAAUACCAAGUGAAGAACUGAAGAUGUCUCAUCUAGUUUUGGAAAGUACAAGUAAAUCAUAAAUUUUGACUGGACACAGUUUAUGCUUAAAAGAACUGUACUGUACUCUAUUAAACAUGGAGAGAUGUUAAUCAAGGUCAA